CACACCAUUGCUGCUUCCUGUGUUCUCACAAACUCUCCUUACCACUUCCAAUUUCCACUCACUCACUCACUCUCAUGACUUCCCACUACGAACUCCAACUGCAUCUCAUGUCUGCGCGUGGUUUAAAAAACGUGAACUGGCGCCACGGCGCGAACCGCCCAUACGCCGUCGUUUGGGUGGACCCUAAGAACAAGUGCUCCACGAGCGUCGACGAGGACGGCGACACCGAAGCCACUUGGGACCAAACCCUAGUUAUUCCUCUUCCUCCUGAGCCUCUCGAGAAUCUGACGCUCCAUGUCGACGCGGUUCACGCAGGCUCCGAGGAGGACACCGAGCCGCUUAUUGGCUCGGCGCGGCUCAAGCUCGUUGAAGUCCUUGAAGAAGUUGGAGUUAGAGUGCGCGUGAGCCGCACUCUCUCGCUGAACCGCCCUUCGGGAAGACCCCAAGGGAAAGUGGACGUUAAUGUGGUUAUAAGAGAAAGUGGCGGCUACCGUACGCAGGAUGCGUAUUAUGCGCCUCCUAUAGGUGUAAGGGAUUAUUCCCCUGUGUCGCAGGGCUAUGGGUACCCGUCUCAUCAGGAUAAUAAUAGUUAUUACCAUUCUGCGACCCAAACGACGUCGUAUGGACAAGGGAGUGAGUACGCACCACAGGAAGAGAAGAAGAGUAAGUUUGGGGGGAUGGGGACAGGAUUGGCUGUGGGCGCGGUCGCUGGGGUUUUAGGUGGAAUCGCGCUAGUGGAGGGUGCUGAUUUCCUGGAGGAGAAGAUUUCCGAUGACGUGGCAGAUAAUAUAGAGGAUGAUCUUGGAUAUGAUGAAGAUGAUAUCUAGAGAAUAAUAACUUUUCGCCUAACAGAUAUGAAAAAGAAGGAAAAGAAAAAGAAUUUGAGGAAAUAUUUCUUCUUUUUCAUUUAUGGUUGUUUGCUCUAAACUUUUUUUUUUCUUUUGUUUUAUCGUGGUUGAAUGCGUGUCCACUUUGCAUAUUUCUCUUUCUGUAUUCCUUCAGUUGUCGUGUUUAUCACGAUUAUUAUACAAAGAAUAAUUAUUUAGGAAUUGUAACACAAUAAGGUUUUGUUUGAUUAAAAUAAAAUUUACAUAUAUUCUA